AAAAGAUUCCCCCCCCCCCAAGGGAAAACACCAGUCACCGACAUCAAAAUGGCUCCUGGACGCACCACGAAACGCAGACGGGUGAGUCCCCCCGGCGACGACGAAAAUGCCUCCUCGCGACCUUCUGGCGCCCCUAUUGGCGACUUCUACAGCCAUGCCGCUGAAUGGGACCUCGAACAAGACUAUGAGCGCCGACCCCGCAAAUCCAGCAAGAAGGACAAGGAGCGCACCCGAUUGCCCAUCAAGACGGCGGAGGGCUUCCAGACCAUGGAGGAGCCUGAGAUCGAAGCGGAGGAGUCCGACAGCUUUCUCGGGACAGACGACGAUGAGGACGAGGGGAUGGACGAUACGGGCGCGGACGAGGACGAGGACGACGAGGAGGAAGUGAAGGAAGAAGCGCCCAAGAUCCCUCUGAAGGUGCAGAUCAUCCAGGCGAAGGAAGAGAUCGCCAGGCUGGCUACGUUAAUCAACGAAGAUCCGGAGGAGCACAUCCCAUUGUUCAAGACGAUGGCCGAGAUGGUGGACCCCAGCAAGCACGUUGCUAUCCAGAAGCUCGCCCUCGCCUCGCAAGCCGCAGUAUACAAGGAUGUCAUCCCCGGGUACCGCAUCCGCCCGCUCACCGACCAAGACAUGACCGGCAAGAUCUCCAAGGAAGUGCGCAAACUCCGCAGCUACGAGCAGUCCCUCCUCUCCAACUACAAGCAUUACAUCGGAAAGCUGGUCGAGAUCACCAAGCCGCAAAAACGAGACGCCGCCCCCGUCGAUGCGGGCCUGAAGACGAUCGCGAUCAACUGCGCGUGCAACCUGCUGCUUUCCGUCCCGCACUUCAACUUCCGCACCGAGUUGCUGAAGAUCCUCAUCAAUCGGCUGGCCCGGAGACAGGUCGACGCGGAUUUCGUCAAGUGCCGUGAAACUUUGGAGGAUGUUUUCCAAAAGGACGAGGAUGGCGUGGUGUCGCUGGAGGCCGUUCGCCUGCUCUCCAAGCUGAUGAAGGCGAAGGAGUUCCGCGUCCACGAAAGUGUGCUGGACACGUUCCUCAGCCUGCGGCUGCUGUCGGAAUUCGCGCACAAGGCCUCCCGGGACCGGAUCGAGCGCGAGCCCGAAGAGGACAACUUCGGAGGCAAGAAGCCCAAGCAGAAACGGGAGUUCCGCACCAAGAAGGAGCGCAAGGUGCAGAAGGAGCGAAAGGCGGUCGAGAAGGACAUGAAGGAGGCGGACGCGCUGGUGUCGCAUGAGGAGCGCGACAAGAACCAAGCCGAGACCCUCAAGCUGGUCUUUGGCGUCUACUUCCGCAUCUUGAAGCUCCGCAUCCCCACCCUCAUGGGCCCCGUCCUCGAGGGUCUGGCCAAAUACGCCCACCUGAUCAACCAGGACUUCUUCGGUGAUCUGCUGGAGGCGCUGAAGGAGCUGAUCGCGCACGCCGAUCGCGACGAGGAAGAGAACCACGCCGAGGAGGCCGAGGACGAGGACCACAGUAACGCGCAGACCAGCACGCGGGACGCACACCGCGAAGCCUUGCUGUGCACGGUCACGGCGUUCGCGCUGCUGGAAGGGCAGGACGCCAGCAAAGCGGCGGCCAACCUGCACCUGGACCUGAGCUACUUCGUCCGGCACCUGUACCGCUCGCUGUACACGCUCUCCAUCAACCCGGACGUGGAAUACAACCCGGACAAGUCGCUGCGGCUGCCGGACCCAGACUCCCACGCGGCACGCCAAAGCGCCCCGCGCUCCCGCAAGAAGGUCAACUUCCAGACGCCGACCGUCCUGCUCCUCCGCUGCCUCCACUCCACGCUCAUCUCGCGGGCGCACGGCAACCCGCCGCCCGUGCGCCUGGGCGGGUUCGCCAAGCGGCUGAUGACCUCCUCGCUGCAGCUGCCGGAGAAGUCGGCGAUCGCGACGCUCGCGCUCAUGAACCAGGUGGCGCGGCACAACGCGCGCCGCAUCGCCUCGCUCUGGCACAGCGAGGAGCGCCGCGGGGACGGCGUGUUCAACCCGUUCGCCGCGGACAUCGAGACCACCAACGUGUUCGCGGGCACGGUGUGGGAGGGCGAGCUGCUGCGCAACCACUACUGUCCCCAGAUCCGGGAUGCGGCGUUGGACAUCGAGAAGAUGAUUGUGACCAGGAAUUGAUUGUCUGUUGCGUAUCUGUUUUCUCUCAGCGAGUGUGUAAAAAUACCUUUUGAUAAUUCAACGGUGGAUGCCAG